AUGGCAACGCCCAAGAGCGUCGAGGCAGACGUAGCUGGUACGGGCUUCGAACCUACGUCACCGCUAGCCUCGACGUACGACGAAACCUCAGAGCUGAACCCAACGGGGUGUUCACUCCGCUUUAUGACGCUGCUGUCGCUCCCGCGCAUGGCCAUCGCGAUGGCGUGGUCGGCCCAAACCGCCGUGUACGGUCCGUUGCUCCAGAUUCUCUUGAGCUCGACCUCGGUGCAGCUCGUGCAAAUGGCGGGGCCAAUCUCGGGCGUGCUCUUGGGCCCGACUGUCGGUGUCUGGAGCGAUACAUGCACGAGCCGCUUUGGACGGCGGCGUCCAUUCCUCGCCCUUGGCGCCACCGCUAGCAUCCUCUGCUGGGUGCUGCUCAUGUACAUCAUGCCGAUCGGGCGGGCGCUCGGCGACACCGACAUCGACCGCCCGUGGACGAGCUUCCUCGCUGUGCUCUGCUACGUCUGGAUCGACAUCACGCUCAACGUUGCCCAGGUGCCGCUCAACUUGAUCUUGGCCGACUUUGCUGGCGACCGGCAAGUCACGGCGCAGGUUGUCGGUGGCCUCAUCACAGCCGUCGGGUACUUGAUCGUGGCAGCCUACACCUAUCUCUUUGGCCCUGCGUACAACAGCCUCCAGUCCUUCUUGAGCGUCCUCAUCAGCGUCAUGUUUGUCUCGUCCUCGUUCGUGUGCCUCUGUGUGUACGAGCAGCCGCUGCCUACAACGUCGACACCGGUGCCGACACCGUCCGCGACGACCGCAGUGCUCGGAGCUGUUUACACGGGCUUGCGCGACCUCCCGCCGCCGCUGCGCGUCUACUUUGCGAUUGCGUUCUUGACGCAGUAUGGCUACACGGCGUACAACUCGUCGAAAGGUCAGUUUUUUGGCCUUGUCGUUAACGGCGGCGACGCGGCGGGCGCCGAUAUGUGCGGCAGCGCCUGCUCUCCUGCGCAAGACGCCUACAACCGCGGUGUGCAGCUGGCUGGCAGUGCCGACGCCCUCUACCUCGUGGGCCUUGCCUACUUGCUCUUUCUGCCUCGACUCGUGCGCCGGUUUGGCGCCAAGCGUGUCGUUGCCUAUGGCUGCGUGCCGCAGGUGCUGCUGCUCUUGUUGGCGUUUUGCAAAGAGACGGCCAUCGACUUGGCGAUCGUCGGGCUCGUCAGCGUCACGCAGUGUACGAUCAUGGCGCUUGCGAUGCCGCUCGUGGUGCACGUGCUCGGACCAGACGCCGACGCCGGGCGGUUUGCCGGCUCCCUCAACUCGGCCUUGUGCUUUGGGCAACUCUUGAACUAUGUGUGCGCGUCGGUGGCGGUCACUACGGCGUGGGGGUAUACACUGCCCAUCUUCCUCGGCGGCCUCUGUAGCGUCGCCGCGUGGCUCGUCGCCAUCGCGUUCUUUAACGUGGAAAUGCAUUCGAUGUAG